GUUUCACACACAGGUACCGUUUUGGUUCCUUGGAAAACAAUCUCUCUGUUUCUUCUUUCUCCUUUCAUUAAACCCUGAGACCAAAAUAGCUUCUCCAAUGGCGACGUUAUUCAUGAACAAUGAUCCAGCCACUGGGAAAAAAGAACAGGGGAAGAGCAGGGGACGGAAACCCAGCAACGGUGCGACGACCCAGAAGAAACCGCCGCAGAGAGGAAUGGGUGUGGAAAAACUGGAGCGCCUCAGGAUCCAAGAAAGGUGGAAGAAAAUGACAGAAGCCGCCACGGCCCCUCAGCUCGAUCAAUCUGGUGCAGCGAGCUACGGUGCGAUGUAUCCGACCGUCCAUUUGGCAGAACCGAGUGAGAGUGUUCCUAAUCUUCUCGGAGCAGCGAGCUGUGGGGUUCCCACGAUUAAUGUUGGGGUUCCUGUUGGGUUGUGGGGUUGGGACAUGGGGAUGAAGAAGGUACAGAAGAGGACUUGGAAUGGUGGGUUUAAUGGGUUUGGCGUUGAUCAUGGGUCGGAUCAGGUUUUGGGUAUGGUGGAUUAUCCGGAGAAUAGAGCUAAGGCUGAGGAUUUUGGCAGUGUUCUCGAGACCUCGAAAGAGCUCUCUUCAAUGCCAAAUUUGCAGGAAUGUGUGCCUGAGUACCGCUGUGAAUUCUGUUUCAAGAAGAAGCGUUUAUGUGGGGAUAACAGAAGGCUUAAUGAAGGGCUCAAUUUUAACCAGACCUCACAUGCUUUACCCAUGAACGGAGGACAAAAUCUUCCUCAACAGCAUCUUGAAAACAAUCAAAACUUCAAUGGCCUGAUCGAUGGAUUCAGCAAGAAAGAACCAAGGAGUUCUGCUGCUUAUUCUUCCAACCACAACCUUUCUAAGGGUGUAGAUGUGGUGGCAAUUCACAGGAAGAAGGGAAUUAACUCAUCAGUGGCAGUGGGUGGUGGAAAUCAUGUUUUCAUGGAGUAUGAUUUCUUCCCAAGAAGAAGCACUUCUUCCAAGGUAGAAGAAGCUUCAGUUACAGAAGCACUUAGUGGUGAAGCUUCUGAUACUAAUUCUACUUUUGUUGAUUUGUCCCUCAAGCUUUCAUAUUAGGUUACACCCAAAAAAAAAAAAAAGUGUCUCUUUUGGUUUAGUUAGUGUACUACUGUUACAUUGGCUUGGUUGUAAUUAUUAAUUUUUUUUAAUGCGUUUUAAGUUUGAACUCAAACCCCAAAAAUCACAGCUUUUAGCUUGCUAGGGUUUCUGAUUACCAUCUCUUUUGUUGUUGAACUCAUCUCUCUCACUAAAAUAGUGCAAUAUAUGAUUAUGGUUUCUAAGAAAUCUGUCUUUAUCUC